AUUGAAGCGCGGGAAAAUUCAAAUAAUUCAAAAAUUAAAGCGCGGGAAAGUUUAAAUUUAAAAAAACAAAACCUUAAAUCAGGACCUAAUUUAUCAGAUUUUAUAACAAAUUCAGCAUUAAAAUAUUCUAAUGAAACUGAAAUAGCACCGGAAGACCCUCACCCUUACCUACCAUCAAUAAAAGCAUACGGAAAAAAAGUAUAUUUCGACGUAUACGGUUGCCAAAUGAACGUAAGUGAUACGGAAAUAAUCUACUCAGUUUUAAAGUCAGCUGGAUACGAGCGCACCCUAACUUUAGAAGAAGCGGACGUGAUUCUGGUAGUGACUUGCGCGAUAAGAGAUGGCGCUGAGCAGAAAGUCUGGGGGCGCUUAGCGUCUCUAAACAAUUUGCGACGUCGACGCCAUUUGAUGGGCAGUCCGCCAUUACGCGUUGGGUUGCUAGGGUGCAUGGCGGAGCGGUUGAAGAAUAAGAUCCUGGAGGAGAGCAAGUAUGUGGACUUAGUCGCGGGGCCGGAUGCGUACAGAGACCUGCCAAGGCUGCUGUCGGUCACGGAGGAAAACCAGGCGGCCAUUAACGUCGCUUUGAGUUUUGACGAAACUUACGCGGAUAUAAAUCCCGUGAGGCUCAACGGAGACUCCAAAUCCGCUUUUGUGACGAUUAUGAGGGGCUGUGAUAACAUGUGCACUUACUGCAUUGUUCCUUUCGUCCGCGGCCGCGAGAGGUCCAGGCCGAUUAAGAGUAUUCUAGACGAGGUGCAACAUCUCGCGGACUCCGGGGUGAAAGAAGUUACGCUCCUUGGGCAAAAUGUCAACAGUUACAGAGAUCUCUCGGAAGAAAUCUUUCCGGUGCAGAAGAAAACCACCGAAUUGGCGAAAGGCUUUAAGACGGUUUACAAGAACAAAGUUGGAGGAAGAAGGUUUGCAGAUUUGCUGGAAAAAGUUGCGGAUAUCGAUCCGCAGAUGAGGAUUAGGUUCACCUCGCCACAUCCAAAGGAUUUUCCCGACGAAGUUCUCCAUCUAAUUUCCACCAAACCGAACAUAUGCAAGCAGAUCCACCUACCGGCCCAGUCGGGCAACUCCGCAGUAUUAGAGCGCAUGCGCCGUGGAUACACUCGAGAAUCGUACCUCGAGCUGGUAAAUCACAUCCGUGAAUUAAUCCCGGAUAUUCAGCUGUCCAGUGACUUUAUCGCGGGCUUCUGCGGGGAAACUGACGCAGAAUUCGAGGACACUAUUACAUUAAUGGAGCAAGUGCAGUACCACGUGGCGUACUUGUUCCAGUACAGCAUGAGGGAAAAAACUACCGCCCACAGACGCUUCAAAGAUGACGUACCACCGGAAGUAAAGCUAGAAAGGAUGCAGCGUAUGGCCAAUUUGUUUCGAGCUCAAGCUGAGAAGCUCAAUAGUCAAUUAGUAGGAACGCGACAGCUUGUUUUGAUCGAAGGGGUCUCCCGAAGAUCGGAAUCAACUCUCCAAGGCCGCACUGAUGGCAACACCAGAGUCCUAAUUCCCAACGUAGAAAUUCCAGAUGGCUCUGAAAAUCGUCCAAUAAGCGCCGGGGACUACGUAGUGGUGGAAAUCAGCACUUCAAACUCGAACUCCUUAACUGGGAUCCCGGUUUCUCAUUCGUCAAUUUCUGAAUUUGAUAAAAGUAGUAGAUAGAUGUAUAUAAAAUAAAUAAAAUAAAGUUUCGAUCGAUA